AAAUAAAUAAUAAAAAUGAACAGCAAACAUUAUGUUCUCUGUCUGCAGCAACGGUCCACUGUAGCUUCCAUGAUGCACAGACAGGAGACUGUGGAGUGUCUGAAGAAGUUCAACGCCAGGAGGAAACUCAAGGGAGCCAUUUUGACCACACUGCUGGUAACAAAAAACUUCUCAGCAGUCAAGAGUCUGCUGAACAAGAAGGCUGAUGCCGUCAAGGCGAACAACAAAGCCAACACAGUGACCAGUCCUAAAGACACCAGCUUAACCCCAGCACUGGAACCCCAGACCACAGUGAUCCACAACCCAAUAGAUGGGAACAAGGAGUCUAUAGAGAGCACCAACACCCCCAUCGAGGACGAGGAUGUCAAAGCUCGGAAGCAGGAAAUUAUCAAAGUCACAGAGCAGCUGAUCGAAUCCAUCAACAACGGAGACUUUGAGGCCUACGCGAAGAUCUGUGAUCCUGGUCUGACGUCGUUUGAACCAGAAGCUCUGGGGAACCUGGUAGAGGGACAUGACUUCCAUCGCUUCUACUUCGACAACGCCCUGUCUAAAGGUAACAAGCCGGUGCACACCAUCCUCCUCAACCCUCACGUCCAUCUGAUAGCGGAGAACGCUGCGUGCAUCGCCUACAUCCGCCUGAGCCAGUACAUGGACGGGGGGAUGCCUCGCACCAUGCAGUCUGAGGAGACCCGCGUCUGGCAUCGCAGAGAGGGAAAGUGGCAGAACAUUCACUUCCACCGCUCCGGCUCGCCCAGCGUACCAUCCCAUUAAUGGAAUAUCAAGCUUCAGUCUAAACUCCCAAGACAGGCAACAAUCAACUAGCCAACCCGUGGUCACCAUUUUACCUCUAACCCCUCUGUAUGGACAUGACAUCACACAGGAAAAGGAAAUCAACCCUAAAGGUCGUCAGUCAUCCUAACCACCUAGGCUGCGUCCCUAAUGGCACCCUAUUCCCUACAUAAGGCCCAUGGGCUCUGGUCAAAAGUAGUGCACUAUAUAGGGAAUAGGGUUCCGUUUGGGACUUAGCCCCCCCCUAGAGCGGCCUGCAGCAGACCAUGGCCAUUAUCCACUGGAGCAUAUUACCUGACAUCUGGUUUUUAAACUGUUUUUGGUGCAUUUUAAAUGUAUAGAGAUGUUUAAAAAUCUACUGCUGUCACUCCUCCCAUUUUGAACUUGUAUUUGUACGUGUGUUUUACGUGUUGCACUACGAAAUAUUUAAAGAUCAGAAUGUUAAAAUCGAGCUUGCUUUUGUUCUGGUGAAAUGUAUAUAUAUUAUAUAUUGUGAUUGUUGAUUAAAAAAAUUUAAUAAAAUAAACAUUAAAU